UUCUUAAUUAUUAAUUGCAUUACCUAUAUACAUGGUGUAAGAUCGUAAAAUUUCUUAUAUUUUGGGUCGUUGAGUUCUUUGGCUGCAAGCUUUCUUGGUUUCACACCAUAUUUUUUUCAUAUCACUUCGCCAUUGUCAUUAUAUAUAAAGACGUAAAGAUUAGUGGUGUUCAUAUACAACCAUAUUCUUGGACAAGUUCUGAUUUCUUCUUCUGCUUCUAGGAUUUCUCAGUGUUGGGCUUGACUUUCUUCGGCAACCUUAUCUGCUUUCAAGCUUUGAUCACUGCAUCGAAUUUUCCCUGCCGAAGCUUGCUCUGUUUGGAAGCUCCGAAAUAUCUCUGUUUAUCUGAGCUCUGUUUUUAACUGAUCUUUGAUCAAAGAUGGCCAUAAAGACAAUUGAGUUGUUGAAAGGAGGUGCAAACCAUGAAGAGAUAACAGAGGUUCUUGCAGCGGUGGCUGCAGAUUUGGGAGAUGUAAUAGAUGAUCUGAACUCCUUGCAGGUAAAACCUCUAAAGGGAGCAAUGACCAAUGAGGUUUUUGAGGUCAAUUGGCCAACCAAAAGCGAUGUUCAUCAGAGGAAGGUUCUGGUUCGAUUAUAUGGUGAAGGUGUUGAGGUUUUCUUCAACAGGGUUGAUGAAAUCCAAACCUUUGAGUGCAUGUCAAAGCAUGGACAGGGUCCACGCCUUCUUGGACGGUUCACCACUGGCAGAGUUGAAGAGUUCAUUCAUGCCAAAACACUCUCAGCUGCAGACCUCCGUGACCCUGAAAUAUCUGCUUUGGUAGCAUCUAAGAUGAGGGAGUUUCACCAUCUUCACAUGCCUGGUACAAAGAAGGCUCAGCUUUGGCAGAGAUUGAGGAAAUGGCUUAGUCAUGCCAAAAGUCUGUGCUCUCAAAAAGAUAUCAAGAAUUUUAGCUUGGAUCAUCUAGAUGCUGAAAUAAAUUUGCUUGUGGAGUUGCUAUCGCAAGGACAUCAAGAGAUUGGUUUUUGUCACAAUGAUCUACAAUAUGGUAACAUAAUGAUGGAUGAAGAAACAAGAGCAAUCACUUUAAUUGACUACGAAUAUGCCAGUUACAACCCUGUUGCAUACGAUCUAGCAAAUCAUUUUUGUGAAAUGGUGGCAAACUAUCACAGUGACCAACCUCAUGUUCUAGACUACACUAAAUAUCCCAGUCUAGAGGAGCGUCAAAGGUUUGUUUAUAAUUAUUUGAGUUCUGAAGGUAAGGAACCAAGCAGCAGUGAAAUGGAACAACUACUUAAUCUUGCAGAAAAAUACACUCUUGCCAACCAUCUAUUUUGGGGCUUAUGGGGACUUAUUUCGAGUUACGUAAACAAAAUUGACUUUGACUACAAGGAGUAUGCAAGGCAGAGGUUUGAGCAGUACUGGUUGAAGAAGGCUACUUUAUUGGACUCACCUACUGUCACUUCCGAAGAUGGAAUGAUCAAAGGCUCACACCAUUGACAUGAUUGCUUCUUUUGUAUUUAGUAUAGUUCUCAUUGGUUUGUAUUGAUUAAUAAUAUAGAUAGGCAUGCAGUGAUGCAUAAAAUCUGUAAAUAAUAAUAAGUAAUGUGUGAUGGGUUUUUCCUGUAUUGAAACAGUUGUUAGCAAUCCCUCCUUUUGGAAUAGGUUGAGGAAUGAAAGGAAAAUUCUUAGUUGUGUUGUCA